AUGUCACCGAAUCACACGUCGGCGCUCGCCCCACGCGACGACGGCAUCGACCCUGGCCAACGCUUCGUCGACCUUAUAUCGCAACCCUUCAACAACAAUCUCAAUGAGAAAGCUUUUGAAUCGUCGCUGGCCUACUCCUCUGCCGCCGCCGUCAUCUUUGCCCUCCUCUUCUGUCUCCUCCGGCCCUACAACACAACCGUCUAUGCGCCACGGCUUAAACAUGCCGACGAGAAGCAUGCUCCGCCUCCGGUUCAGAAAGGUAUCUUCGCCUGGGUCAAACCAGUUGUUAAGACAAGGGAGGAACACAUGGUGCAAAAGGUCGGCAUCGACGCCACCGUCUUCAUUCGGUUUACCAAGAUGUGCCGCAACAUCUUUAUCAUCCUGGCGCUGAUUGGAAAUGCCGUCUUCCUCCCCGUCAACCUGAUCCAGAAUGCGCAAAACCACGCCACCAUUGACACCAAGCAACUCACAAUUUUCAUGAAGCUGACGCCAAUGGGGGUGGGCGGAGGCAUCGUAUGGACUCACGUUUGUGUGUCGUACAUCUUCAACGCCGUAAUAUACUAUUUUCUAUGGACAAAUUACAAGGCCGUGUUGCGUUUACGAAGGAACUACUUCGACAGUCCCGGAUACCAGGCUAGUUUGCAUGCUCGUACUCUGCUGAUCACGGAUAUCCCAAAGAACUUUCGGACCGAUGAAGGCGUGGUAAAAAUCACUGACGGGGUCAAGGCAACCUCUGAGGUCCCCAGAGGCGCCAUCGCUCGCAACAUGAAAGAACUCCCCGAUCUGAUUGAAGAACAUGAGGAUAAUGUUCGUGAGCUGGAAGAGGUGUUGGCCACGUAUUUGAAGAAUCCUGAUCGACUGCCGGCAAGGCGCCCAACGUGUAAAACGAACAAGGCCGACCGGAAUUAUUCGAAGGUCCAGGAAGUCGACGCGAUAGACUACCUCACCUCCCGGAUUAAGAGCCUCGAGAUCGAAAUCACAGAAGUCAGAGAAUCAGUAGACAACCGGAAUGCCCUCCAGUAUGGAUUCGCGAGUUACGAAAGCAUCGAGGAAGCCCAUGGAGUUGCAUACGCCUCAAGACACAAGCAUCCUGAAGGCUCCAUUAUUAGAGUCGCCCCGAAACCAGGCGAUUUGAUAUGGAAAAACCUUCCCCUGGACAAGGCGGCUCGCAGAUGGAGGGGUCUUCUCAACAACAUCUGGGUAACCCUGCUUACCAUCGCAUGGACGGUGCCCAACGCCUUGAUCGCCGUGUUUUUGUCAAAUCUGGGAAAUCUCGCGUCUGUGUGGCCAGCAUUCGCUGAAGAGAUGGGCAGGAACCCACAUACCUGGGCAGCCAUUCAGGGUAUUUUGGCGCCUCUGCUCACCACCUCGUUCUACUUUUUCCUGCCAAUCAUCUUUCGACGCUUAUCUAUGAGCUCCGGCGACUAUUCGAAAACCUCACGCGAAAGGCAUGUCACACACAAGCUAUAUGCUUUCUUCAUCUUCAACAACCUAUUCGUUUUCUCAUUGUUCUCCGCCGUAUGGCAGUACGUCAGUCUGCUCAUCACCACCACUCAUGCCAACGGUGAGCAGGAGGCGUUAAAGCUGGCGCUUUCCAACAGAGGCGCCGAAUACAUGAUCACAGCUCUCUGCUAUGUCUCACCUUUUUGGCUGAACUAUCUCCUGCAGCGCAAUUUUGGUGCUGCCUGGGAUAUAUCUCAGCUUGCAAACCUAGCAUGGGGAUCGAUAGUCCGCAAAUUCUCGAGCCCGACUCCCAGGAGGCUCAUUGAACUGACGGCUCCUCCCGCUUUCGAUUACGCUUGCUAUUACAAUUAUUUCCUCUACUACUCGACCAUCGCCCUGGUGUUCACACCUUUUCUGCCAUUGGUCUUGCUGGUUGUAGCCUUCUACUUCACACUAGACAGCUACCUGAAGAAAUACUUGCUGCUGUAUGUAUUCAUUACGAAGCACGAAUCUGGCGGUUCAUUCUGGCGUGUUCUAUAUAAUAGGAUGCUUUUCGCCACGUUCUUGGGUAAUCUGAUUAUGGCGUGUCUUGUUGGAGCCAAGGGAAGCACGUGGUCACAGCUCAUCUGUAUGGGAGGCCUUCCUCUCACACUGAUUGCCUUCAAGUGGUACUGCAGGCGUACAUUCGAUGAUGCCAUGCACUAUUACAGCAAGGGUAAUAUGAAGGGUCGAGAGGAGAACCUUCCCAGCAGACCGAAGACUCGCGGCGACCGUCUUGGUGUCCGUUUCGGGCACCCCGCGCUCUACAAGCCAUUGAUGACUCCAAUGGUCCACGCCAAGUCGGAACACCUCCUCAGCCAGGUAUAUCGCGGUCGCUUGGAGGCUGAUACGGAUGGCUCAAGCGUCACUGGCUACAGCGACACCUACAGUUUGCACAACAUGUCGCGCAAACAACCUGGCAAGAAGAAGGGCCCGGCUGCUCCUUUCGAGCUUGUUACGGAAUCGGAAAUGGACUUCGAACACUACAAGAACCGGCCCGAGUUCCGCGAGGAGUUCGGCGGCGAUGGUGAGAUGUACUCACGACCCGGCACGCCAGGCACUUACGACUCACGACCUGGUACACCCGCGGGCCAUCUGCAGCGCAUUGAAAGCGCCGACUCUCAGCGCACAUUACAUGAACAAGAAAACGGCGGCUCGACAUACCCAGAGGGCUACCACACUCCAAUGCCGUAUGCACCGCGGGCGGAGAGCCCGCUGCAGCGCGGCAUCUUCUCAGCCAACGAUUAUUCGGACGUCAAUCUCGUCGAGGGCGCUGCGCCCAUGGGUGCGACGGGCAGAGGCGGCUACGGCCGUUUGGAAACACCCGGCAGCGAGAUGGGCGAGAACACGAGUUACGACUAUUUCCGUCGCGGUAAACGGUAG